GACCCAGAUCUCGAGUUAAUAACCGCAUUUCAGACGCAGAGUUUGGAUUGUAAACAGAAAAAUGGGAAAAUACACAGGCACCGGAAAGGAUCACAGCUAGAUGCUGUCCAGGAAGUCUCCUUAACACAAUGACCACAUCAUGUCCAUGGCAGGAUCUUAUUCCAGAAACAGUUUUGCUGCACAUCUUCAGCUUCUUGGAAGCAAAAAGUUUACUAAGGGCCAGCUGUACAUGCCACAAAUGGCACAGAAUUGCCAGAGAUGAGAGUUUGUGGAAAGUCCUGACUCAAUUUAACUGGAAUACACAAGGUGGGCAGAAGGACAGUGACCGAACAUGGUACAUGGAAUAUGAACGUUUGUUCUAUCACGCCCCGACACAAUUUAGUGAGAGGAUUGACGGACAUACUGAUGAGGUUUUGGAUGUAGCAUUUUCACAUGAUGGCAGAUUUUUUUGUACGACCUCUAAAGAUACCAAGGUCAAGAUAUGGGAGGUGGGAAACCCUACUCUGUUACGACAUUCAGCUGACCUUGGUCUGGUCUUGGACUGGAACAUGACACAGUAUGCUACCUUCAAUAGUGAUGACUCCUACCUGUUAGUUUGUGGAGUGAAGCUCAAACCCCCAGCUGUUGGAACUCAUUCUCCAGGUCUGGGAGUGGUGUUUAGGAUGAAAGAUUUCUGCCUGCUACAGGAGAUGCCGAUGGACCCUCCCCACCUGUUUGCUGACUGGUACAGUGAUGAUAUUUGUGUAGGGGGCUAUGUACCUGAUGCUGCUAACAAUCACUUCUUUUGUGUUAAGGCUUUUAAAGUUCAGGAUGUUGUCCCAGACCAGAUUCUGUUAAGAUGUCCUUAUGAGGAAGGGACUGUCAUCUACUCCUUCUUUGGUGACCCCCAACGUGCUAUGAAUCUUUUAGUAGCCAAAGUACCUCGCCCAGCAACAAAAUUACUCUCUACAAGUUACCAGUGUAAUAACUCGGUGCGAGGCACUGGGAAAGACUCCGAAGUUGGAUCAGAUUUUCUUAAAGCUUUCAGUGAAGAUUUCCACAUAGCCCCCCACAUAGUGGCUCCGAGGGAUCACUCUAGAGACUGUGAAAAUUACACCAAAAUAUCAAGCAAUACUAAUUCAAAUAAUUUAAUCCAAGCAAAUAGUGAAUCAAGUACAUUUGAGUCUAAGCCUUGUGGGAACGUCUGUAAUAAUUGUGGAGAGACACUAAGUGGUGCUGUGAUACAUUACUGUGCAGAUUGUGUACAAAUACAAGGUGUCAAUGGACCAGAUAAGACACAGCAAGGUCCUGCUUCAGUCCUGCAGACUUUUGAUAGAUAUAUGCUAUUUGUGACAGGAGAACAACAUGAUGCCAUUGCCUUUCACAAAGUCAAUGAUUUACCUGAAACCUUAGAAAAGAAGUUGAAGGAUAAGAAAUUAUUUGAAGAAACAGUAAGGAAGGCUACAGCAGGAACUGGAAGGGAAGGACUAGGGACUGCAACUUCUACGUUUACUCAGCUUACAACACCACAGAACCCUACCAAGAUCAUCCACUUACCUGGGCAUUACAUCUCAGGCAUGAAGCUAUCUCAAGACCAUAGAUACCUGUACUUUAACUGUCGAUAUGCAGUUUACGAUGCAGAACAAGAAUACCCCAGAUUAAUGGAGGAUAUGGAGGUCAAAACUAUUGAUCUACAGACAUUUCGGCUGGUACCAGAGUUAAAAUUUGGAGGUCACAAGGGGUUCUCUGAGUUCCCAGCCUGGUACAUAUGUCUGGAUUCCUGUCAGGACUAUGUUGCUAGUGGCAGUGAGGAGUUUCUGGGCUACCUUUGGGACCGCCGUUAUCAUACCUGUCUGGCCAAACUCCAGCACAGUGAAGGUGUGGUCAAUGGUGUGGCCUUUGACCCUGUUGACCAAGAGUGCCUUGUCACCGUAGCUGACGACCGCAUCAUCAAUAUCUGGCGAUCCAGAAACAGAAAGAAACAACUUGAGGAACACACAUAGCUCUUAUAAAAAUGCUGAAGUCACAAACACUCUGAAUGACACCACAUUCGCCAGUUCAACACAAUUUAACUGCAGCGGAUUAAUUCUCAGCUGAUAGAAUCCUUUAGGAUUUUUACAUGUAUCUGAAUUUGCCCUAUAUAAUACAUAUACAUACUUGUUUUUUCUUUUUCUUAAAUGACUUCUAAAAUAUACUUAACAAAGAACAUACAUUUUAAAAUAGCUAUUACUCUAAACAUACUGUAGAAGUGGGUCGUUAUAAAAGAACUGGGUCGACUUGAAAAUGAGUAGGAGACGAUUGUGAAGAACAGACUGCUUAAACACUGAACUCAUAGCAGCUUGACUGUAGGAAUAGAUUAUCUUGAACAGACAGUUGAAGUGGUUUUCCUUGAGCAUGAAUAGAAGUUGGCUUCCUUGAACAGACAGUAGAAAUGUGUUAGCUAGAACAGACAUAAAAGUGAGUUACCUUGAACAUAAUUAAGACAAAAUGGUUUACUGUUAACAGGAACACCUGUAGUACAAGUGGGUUACUUUGAACAGAUGGAAUGGAUUACCUUUAAAUAAGUAGUAAUAAGUUUCUUGAACAAGUUACAAUAGAAUUGGGUUAUCUUGAACAUGAUAUGUAGUUAGUAACAUUGGACGGACAGCAGAAGUGGGUUACCAUGAAGAGGCAGUAGAAGUAGGUUACCUUGAACAGAAAUAAAAUUUGCUGAUAUUGAACAGAAAUUAGAAGUGAGUUAUACUUUGAGCAUACAGUAUAAGUGGCUGGGUUACCUUGAACAGAAAUAAAUCUAGCUGAUCUUAACCAGAAAUUGAGCGUACAGUAGAAGUGGGUUACCUUGAACAGAAAUAAAGUUAGCUGAUCUUGACCAGAAAUUGAGCGUACAGUAGAAGUGGGUUACCUUGAAACCAUGUCAUACACUUUACAAUAGUAAGUGGUCUCGGUGAACAUACAGUAAUUAUGAUACGUUAUAAACAUACAGUAGUAAUGGGUUACCCUGAAGUGACUUCCUAUGCAGGAGUAUUUCUCAAAAAGAAACUCAAGUUGAAGAAGUGCAGAUCGAAUAUACUUAUGUUGUAGGAUUGUUGGACAACACAACUGUUAUACAGAUAUAAUCUGGGUGUGAUUAUAUACAUGAAUUUUUAAAAUCUUUUAAACGUUGCAUUUACUAGCUUGAUAUGUAGAUGUUUACAUAUAACUUUUAAUCUCAUAUAUUUGCUUCUCAUUUGAUUCAUCUUAUGAUAUAAAUGAUCACUGAUAUAACGUUCAAUACGCUGUAUGUUCUAUUGCCUCUAUCAAUCUUUGUUUAACAGUCAAAUGGAUUUAUUAUUCAAUGUCUGGUGUUAUAAGUAAUAUUUACUUUAAGUCUUUCACUAUGUAGGGAAGCAUUUCAGUUGUUUUCAAAUAUGUUAUUUAUUGAAAUAAAAAUCGCGAAG